UGGGUACUAUGCAGAAAGAUUCAUAAUGACAAUAAAGUGUUUUUCGAAUGUUCAAAUAAUUGUUUCAUUGUUUGACACGGCGAUGUUUUCAUAGUGGAUAUCUUUGAUAAUGUAAUGGCGGCGAGUAGUUCGGAUGGUAGUUGUGAGGAUUUGGCUUUAAUGUCAAUAGAAGACAGCUGUAGCAGGUAUAGCUCAACUGUUGGAAAGUGUCCUCUGUGUGGCAAUUAUAAAAAGGCAUUUUAUUGCAAACAGUGUGUUCAGAAUGGAGACUUCAUUCAUUCGAAAUGUAUGCAAUCGUUGUACCCUGGUCGGAAGAUGUCUUCUUCCUUCGAUCAUGUUAUUUAUCGGAGAUUCGCGGAUAAACAAAUUAACCUCUUGCGGUUGAAGAAUGACAAGUGUCAGGUAGAGAAACAUUGUGAAGAAUUGCUGUGGAAGCGGUUAAAAGCAAAUGAAUUGCAAUGUGAAAUAGAUGCCUGCAAAGAAAGAAUACGUCUUUUGGAAUUACUGAAUAAAGAGACUGCACUCAACAUUGUAAAAGGCCGAAAUGACGUAGCAGCCUUAAUAGAAACAAACAAGCAGCGAGCAGAUCGCUUGCCACGAUAUGAGGAGCGUGUCUGCCGUUUGCAGCAGUUUGUUGCCAACUUAUCUGAAGAUGCUGAAGAAAGGCGUCAGUCCUUGCAGAAAAUUCAAGAUGAGCUGAAGCACGUUAUAAGAUCAAGCAUACAGCAACUUGUGCAGUACAUCUUCCCCAUAGCACAAGUUCCAUCAGCUCAGAGUGAGGAAGACAAUGAAACACAAGAUACUGUUAGUGCCUUGGCUGAAGCAACUCGCACUGCUUAUGUUAAAGGCAAAUGGGUAUUUACCGACAGUUCUGGGGAACUACACCAUUGUAUAGUAGCCCCAUCACUUCCUGGGUCUGGAGAUUAUUCUGCUUAUAAUGCUUGGGUUGCUGCAAACAGGGAUGGUGUUCCUAGUGGUAACAGUGAUGUUGACCACAAUGCAGCAUACAACAUUAGUGCUGCCCUUACAUACACAACCCAGUUGAUCAAUGUAUUGGCAUUUUAUUUGGAUGUAUGGUUGCCAGCAAAAUUGAGUUACAGUGAUUUUUGCAGCCAUGAAAUGAGUGACCAUCAGUUUGCAAGAAGAGUAGCAAGACUUAAUACAAACAUCCUCCAUCUUUGCUUUUCGCAAAAUGUAAAUCCUGAGCUCCUGAGACCAUCGCACACACUACAGAAUGUGCUUCACUUAUUAAACACACAAGUUAGUGACUUGGGCAGGCAAGGACCAUUUGAAGUGGACUGCAAUCUCACUAAAUCACUAGAAGAACAACUGGCACGAGAAUUGGGUCAGAAUGAGAGCUCUGAUUCAGAAGAUGAGAGUGAUAAUUUGCCAAUGGAAUGGGAAGCAGUGCCCCAUGUUUCAUGUCCAGAAAGUUCUCCUGGCCCAAUGAGCUUAGGGUCGCAGCAAGCUCUGACCAGCACUCAACAAGCUACAAGUAUGGCUGGUGGUUUAGUUACCAGUGCAGCAGCAAGUAUUGCUUCCAUAUGGAGAGGUUGGACAGGAAACAGAUAGAAUAUGGCUAUAGCUUUAUAUAUCAGUUUUUUAAUGUAUACAUUUGUGCAUGGCAAAAAGGUCACUAUGGUGUAUUAAUGUACAUUUAUUAGUAUAUUUUACCCAUGGAGGCUUCUUUUUUGCAGUUAUCUCCUCUUUCAUGUAAAGUUUUACUUUUUUCAGCUGUAUCACAUUUUUUGCUGAAGUUACCAAUUUGCACUCGAACCGCCAUUUUUUAAAAUGACAGUGGGAGCCACUAUUUUGUGUAGGUGGUGUUCAUUUUCUCGGGGUAGUGCUGGUGAUCCCAAUAAACUAAAAUGAGAUUUAUAGA